AUGGCUAAUGUCAUGACGGAGCUGGAAGCUGAGCUUAAGCUGACAUACUACGAAACAGACGACCGCGAGUAUGCCGCACCUCGUGACCGCUCGCGCUCUCCCGGUCCAGAUCGCGAUCGUGACGGUGACGCUAGGAUUCGCGACGCCCCGGCUAAUGGCCGCAACGACCGCGCACCACCCAAGGACGAUGAUGAGGAGGAGGACGAGGAGGCUCGCAAUCCAGGCUCCAACCUUUUCGUUACCGGCAUUCACCCUCGUUUGACCGAAGGCGAGAUCUCUCGCCUGUUCGAGAAGUACGGCCAGGUCGAGAAGUGCAACAUCAUGCGCGACCCUCACACCCGCGAGAGCCGUGGGUUUGGGUUCGUGAAGAUGGUCACUCCAGAAGAGGCGGAUGCUGCCAAGGACGGCCUGCAAGGCGAGGUCUACGAAGGCAGGACAUUGAGCAUCGAGAAGGCCCGUCGCGCUAAGCCACGCCACCCCACUCCCGGCAAGUACUUCGGCCCACCUAAGCGCAACGACCGCCCUUCGCGCGGUGGUGGGUAUAGAGAUCGCUACGACGACCGCGGCAGCUACGGCAGACGCGAUGACUACCGUGGCGGUGGAGGGUACCGCGACCGCUACGACGACCGCGGCUACGGCGGAGGACGUCGCGACGAAUACGCUCCUCGUGGCGGAGACCGUGGUGGAGACCGCUACCGCGAGGACCGUUACGAGCGUCGUGGUGGUGGAUAUGGCGGAAGUGGUGGCAGCUACGACAGGCCUCCUCGCGAUGCUCCUCCGGCUCGUGGCUACUCUGGAGAUGCCCCACCUGCGCGUGAUGCUCCUCCUCCUCGUGAAUACAGCGAGCGUCGCAGCUACGACUAA